CGCACCGCUCUGUCUCCUUCAUAGAGGCAGCUCAUCAAGUUAGUGUGAAGUUGUGAAAAGUUGUCAGCCCGUAGAAAGAGCAGAGAGAGAGAGACUCCUCCCGUCUUCAACAUUAUGAGCAAUCAGCAGCAGCAGCAGCAGCAGGGUGAAAUGGCCGCAGUGGAGAGCGGUGGAGGCUACAGUCAGAAGAGAAACACCAAUGCACAAGACUCACAGCAGCCAUCUCCUCUCGCUUUGUUGGCAGCCACAUGUAGUCGAAUUGACACCCCAGGAGAGAACGAUUCACCUGCAGACCAACAACAACAAAUCCAGCAGCAACAGCUGGACCUAAGCCAGGGUGUAUUCACCUCCAGUGCCAACGGCUGGCAGGUUAUCCCUCUUAGCGUUCAAGCAACCUCAGGCACUAACACCAUCACCACCGACUCCUCAGGGGUGAUGACAAUAGCUGACAUAGGCAAGAGCAGACAUGUGCUGUCACCAUCAACAGCUGUUGUGAGCACUCAGGGACAGCAGCAGCAGCCACAGCAAUACGUAGUCACUCAGGCUCCAUCAAUGCAGGGUCAGCAGGUGCUUACCACCAUAUCAGGUAUGAUGCCCAACAUUCAGUACCAGGUUAUUCCCCAGUUUCAGACAGUAGAUGGCCAGACUCUGCAGUUGGCACAUACUCAGCUGGAUUCUGCUGCUGGUGCUGCAGCACAAGGGCAGCAGUUUCAGAUAGUGUCCUCUCCUAAUGGCCAGCAGAUCAUAGCUGCAACCAACAGAGCUGGUGCAGCAGGAAACAUCAUAACGAUGCCCGGUCUCCUUCAGGGAGCCAUCCCCAUACAAAAUAUAAGCUUAGGCAAUGGCAUGUUACAGAACCAGCCCCAGUUCCUAGCAAAUAUGCCUGGUUUACUAAAUGGAAACAUCACUUUGUUGCCCGUCAGCACUGGAACAAGCGGAGGGGGAGAUGCAAAUGGUGGAGGGGAUACAGGGGGAAACCAACUUAUACAGCUACAGCAACAGCAACAUCCAGUGUGCAGCGGGGCAGGUUACAUGACGAGUGCGUCCACUGUCACCACGCAGGCCUCCUCUACUUAUGGAAUGACCCAAACGCACAACAGCAAUGGCGUGCUGACGGGGACUUUCCAGCAGAACACAGCAUCUUCUAUGGGUGUCCCAAUACAGCCAGACAACAGAGAUCGGCAGCAGCCACAGCAGAUCCUUAUCCAGCCUCAGCAGGUUAUCCAAGGCGGAACACCCCUCCAGACUAUCCAGGCUGGUACGGUUACCGCUGGGGGUCAGGUAUUUGCGGCUCCGACACUCAGCCAGGAAGGGCUUCAAAAUCUUCAAAUUAUGCCAAACACAGGCCCCAUCUUCCUGCGCACCGUAGGCCCCAAUGGCGAGGUGAGCUGGCAGACCAUUCAGAUCCAGAGUCCGACAGGACCACAGAUCACGCUGGCCCAAAUGCAGUCUCUCCCCCAACUUGGCCAGGCUCAGGGUGCUGCUACCGCCGGAGGAGUAUCUGUCAACACAGUGCAGAUCCCAGGCAUCCAGACCAUAAAUCUCAACACACUCGGAGGGGCCGGGCUGCAGAUGCACCAGCUGCAGACUGUUCCCAUCACCAUCGCUAACACAACAGGAGAAGGGACGUUGCAGACAGGCGGAGAUAGUUUGGAGGACAGCACAGCUAUGGAUGAUGAGGAUGUAAGCACACCAAAUCAAGGACGACGUAACCGCAGGGAAGCCUGCACCUGCCCCUUCUGCAAGGACGGAGAAGGACGCAGGGACCCAACUAAAAAGAAGCAGCACAUUUGUCACAUCUCCGGCUGCGGGAAGGUUUACGGCAAGACAUCCCACCUGAGGGCCCACCUGCGUUGGCACACAGGAGAACGACCCUUCGUCUGCGGCUGGUCUUUCUGCGGCAAAAGAUUCACCCGUUCAGAUGAGCUUCAGCGCCAUAAGAGGACGCACACAGGUGAAAAACGGUUUGUUUGCCCAGAGUGUCCCAAACGCUUCAUGCGCAGCGACCACCUCUCCAAGCACAUCAAAACCCACUUGAACAAGAAAUUAGUCACCACCCCCGGCGGCACCCCAGUCUCGACGGACGCCGGUUCCCCUACGGCAGGAACAAAAGUCGUCACAGGAGCAGUGUCAGGCAGUGACCAGCACACCAUCGUCACCAUGGAAACCUUAUCUGCAGAGAGCAUAGCUCGAUUAGCCAGCAGCGGGAUCAACAUGAUGCAGGUGGACCUUCACCAAAUUAACGGCAACAGCUUCUAAGGACGGUGGAGGAGCAGGAAGACGGGCUUUGGUGGAUGUUGCAUUCGGACAUUUGGGGUUAAAAAAGGGCAUGUCUGACUGCAGGACACAGAACCUCUCAAAGGCUUCAGACGGGAGAGGGCGGUCACAGAUGCAACACAACAGACACUAUCGAAUUUGAGAACUGAAGCAGGAAUAUGGAUCUCCACCUUUGGAAGCAUUUAAGGGUUAGAGUAUGAUGAAAUGUUAGACUAGAGAAAUCAUGGAAUCUUAUUUCCCCAGAAUGGAAAUGGCACUACACUAACAUCUGUCCCACACAAAGACUCAAUCUUACUUGAUAGUGGGAUUGCAAUCACACACACACAGACCAGCACUCUUGGUGAUGAAUUGGUAGCUAGUAAUAUCUUCUCUACAAGCUUCUAUAGUAAAGAGAUGACACUACUAAGUCAGACUCUCACCCUUUUAUCCAAGGCUGAUUGCUCCUUGUCCCUGUUCACCUCAGGUGUGUCCUGCCCUCUCAGACCGGGCUGCUGUAUCAGACUCGCCCCUCAGGCUAACAGGCCUCCAAUGCUAAAUUCACCCCCUAAAACUGAAAUUAUAACAAUCUUGAGCAGCAAAAUAUUUUGUAUUGUUUCUCACAUUUCUGCGGUUGCAGUUUUGCGAGAACUGGACGUGUUCACAAACUAACAAUCCCAGCAUCAUAGGAAUAAUAUGAAAUGUGUUUUAGGGAUUAGAGGAGGGCUGAAGUAGAGAAGGUCACGACCAGGUCAGAGCCAGAAGCACUAAUCAGUGUGAGGACGUAGGUGUGUUAAGGGCACUGAAAUCCUGAGAAUAACUAUUUAACCUCUUAUGUAGGUACACACAUUCAAGCCAUCAUGCUUUGAUAUGUUUAUCAUAGCAAAACAUUUUGAUUUUUUUUAUGUAUAUAUAUAUUUUUGGUAAUGUAAAGGCUACAGAAAUUCUUAGCUUAGGCAGGAUCAUCUUACAUGAUUGCAAGAGAUUGCCUUUCAGUUGUGUGAACUCAUGCACAAUCAAAUCUUAAUCUUAUGUUAUUACUUUUAUAUAUAUAUAUAUAUAUAUAUAUGUAGAUUAAAUGUUUAAAUUUAAGAGCCUUUCUGUCAUAGAAUAAUGUAUUCUAUACAGUCCAGAUCUUCCCAGUACUUUUUUUUUCUUCCUGUGGUAUACUUAUCUUUGCCUUGCAGUCACGUUGUUUCUUUUGGUGGAAAACGCUUUUUUUUUUUAGUCAUAUCUGGUCAGAGUGAAAUAUUUUGUAAUAAUGUCCAGACAGCAUAAAUAUGUAAGCUCAAAACCAAAGGUUCAUACUCAUUUUAUAAGCAAAACUAGGAAAUCUCUCUGGUCCGUGAACUUUCUAUUAAUUUUUACUCGUCUAAUGCAUAUGUUAAAGUUCUAACUGGAAAAGAUCCAGCUUGAGGCAAGCGUCGGACACACAUCCCUUUGUUGUCCAAUUAAAUAAGUUGCAAGAUGUAUUAAGGGUCAACGUUUUUUUUUUCUGAAAAGGUGUUUCUCACCUCUGUUUAAAUUUUCUUUGCUUAAGAAUUCUGCUUUACUUGACAAAGAUAAUUGUAUAAUGUCAGAAAAUGUAUGUUUAAAAAUCUCUCCUUUGAAACUCUAUAGACUAAGUUCAUCGGACAACAAGUGAUCUUAUUUUUUUUUUGCCCCGUUUUAAAUAAGGGAUUUUAUAUUGUGUGUAUACAACUACUGCAAAUGCCAACAGCUGGAUUAAAAUUAUGAAUACA